AUGGAAUGCAACUUCCCCCAAAUCAAUUCGACCAUAGUGGAAGAAGAUGAAGAAGGUUUAGACGACGACUUUGGACCAAUAUCUGAGGUCCCCGAUGAACCUGCUCCUCCUAGUCAAGACGACGAAUACGAUGAUGAACCGAACCUACAGGCACUGGUAGAUCGGGAAGAAGAUGAUGAUAUCAUCGUUGACCCAGUGACCAAAGAUGAGGACAGCUGGGACGCGGCUGAUGCUGAAGAUGAAGACCCUACUUCUCAUAUUCCGGAUAAUGUAGCUCAUCCUACCCAUCGUCGCGAGUCAAAUAAGCUUGACAUGUCUUGA